UGUUGCCUGGUGUCUAUUUAUUAUCCCGCCUACACUCGCACGCAAUUCCCCAUCUUUAUUCAUCUCUCUCUCUCCAGAAUUCAGCCAGAAUUCCAGCCAAAUGCGGCCACAACAACCGCCAGUGAAGGCUGAAAACGGAUACCCAGAACUUUCAUCCACAUCCACACCAACAUGUAAUCCUCAGACUUGUCGAUGGAGGCCUUACUCCAACUCAAACAAUGAUUUUGAAGCCAAUACAAUCCUGGUCCUCAUCAUCCUCUUUUGUGCACUCGCAUGCGCUCUUGCUCUCAAUGCCGCCAUCCGCUGCUUCUUGCGCUGCAGUUCCCAGCAACGUCCCCCUGAGUCCUCAUCUGACCCGCUUUCAGCUCAACAAAGAAAGCCGACGACUGAGGCAACGGAUACCUCAUUGGUGGUUUCUCCAACGCUUGUGUAUUUAGCUGGGAUGAAGCUUGCAGGAGCAACGGCGGAGUGUGUGAUUUGCCUGGCUGAGUUUGUUGAGGGCGAUUUGAUUCAAGUUCUGGAAAGAUGUAAACAUGGCUUCCAUGUGCAGUGUAUCCAACAGUGGCUGUCGUCGCACCAUUCAUGUCCCACAUGCCGGUGCACUUGUAGCUCUUCUUCUCCACCAUUGCAACAGCUUAUUCACCAGAAUUCUCAAUUAGCUGCGGCCCAGACCAGGGCUUCGACUAUAUAAUGUAUGUAAUUGAAGCUUAUGAUUUUACUUCUUAGAGGCUUCAGUAGUCAAAAUCUUCUUCAUGCAAACCAGGGAAACGCAUUGAAUGCUAAUUUUACUACUAUUAGGAGAUCUGGAAACAUGAUUGCUGCUGAAAAUCUUAAUUUCAAACUUAAA